AUUGGUUUGUGGUGUGUGUGCCUGCACUAUCGAUAGUGCAGCUACGGCUUACACGGUAUCAAGCGGAGCAAAAUAAAUAAAUAAAUUUAAGUAUAAUCCUUAGAAAAACAAAAUUGUGAUAGUGCUCAAGUGGCCGCAACAGCAAAUUGCAGGUGAAAAUAUAAUAAUCAAACAUUAAUUACUAAUAGGAAGAGUUUCUUUAACGCUAACACUUCAAACAAGCAUCAAUGGUUACCAUGGAGAAUAGCGAGGAGAUUCUACAAAUUUUGGAGCGUUUCACACAGCUCAAGCAAAAGGAAAUACCCAAGGAACUGGAGGACUAUUUGCAGUAUGUUGCCAAGACCGGCGAUACCAUCUUCAAGUGGUCCAGCCUCAAAUAUCUGUUCCGCGAAAAGUUGCUUAAUGUGAUCAAGCAUUUCAACGAGGACCCACCACGCCUGGAGGAGAUACCCAAUUAUCCAAACGUAGAUCCCUUCAACUACGAGACGAUGAAGUCCUCACUGCUGGAGCGUCUCGAUUUGUUUAAUGCUGCUCCCUUCACCGUGCAGCGGCUCUGUGAGCUUCUCAUUGACCCUCGGAAGCAAUACUCGCGCAUCGACAAGUUCAUGCGAGCUCUGGAGAAGAAUAUACUAGUUGUUAGCACCAUCGAUCCGGGUCGUAAGCGUACUGAAAGUGAGAAUGGUGAUUCGCUAGACUCUGUGGGCAACGGGGAUCUAUCGCUGGAGGUCAACAUCGACAUCGAAAUGGAAAACGAGAACAUCUUUAAUAAUGGAGAUGAACGAAACGGCGGCAACGAGGAGACCAGUAGUGGUGCUAUUAAGGCCAGCUGCCCACGUAGCGACGACGUUGCCGGUGUUCAGCCGAAAGCCAAGAAGGCAAAGCUCGAUUUCGACGAUAAUGAACAGCGAGAUGAAGCGGAUGGUGAGGAAGUGGAGGAGGACGCCGUCGUCGUCAAGUGCAAGUCCAAAGCUGGUAAAAACAAGACAGAGACUGCUGAUGAGGCCGCUGAUCUGAAGACCGAUGAGACUGAAGCCGUUCGGGAGAUACCCGAAAUUGAGGAGCCUGAUGAAGAGGAGGAGGAACCAAAGCCCAAGAAGUCACUCAACGGAGACAAAGAGGAGAAGGAGACGGCAGAGCCUGACGCGGACAUUCCAAAUGUGGCCGAGCCCGAUGAUGUUGACAGCGGUGCUGCAGAAACUGAAAAGGAUGCUGCCACCGACAGUCAGAUCAAGGAUCCGCUGACUGAAGCUGAUGACCAAGAUGUGGCCGAGGACCAGGCGAAAAUUGUCGAAAAGCAGGAAGUGGAGAGCGCUGAAAAAAAGGCGGACAAGCCAGCGAAAGCAGCUGAGAAAGCGAAGAAGAGCGAAGAUGCCGCUGCCGAUGAUGCUGAUGAGAAGAAAGAACCCACAGGCGACAAUCCCAAGCCGGAGCCUGCUGAAAAAACGGAAAAAGCAGCGAAAGCCUCUCCAGAAAAAGCCAGUGAAACUGCAGCUGUUGCUGGCAAGGCUACAGCUGACAAGGAUGCAGCCUCUAAGGCCUCUAAGGCACCUGACGCCGAAGCCAAGACUGAGACCCAGCCGGAGACCAAGACAGCCACCGUUGACGAGAGCAAUACUGAAAAGACUGAGACUAAAACAGCAACAGCAGAAGAUGCUGAACCAGCUGCAAAAACUGCAGCAGCCCCAGCUGCAGAUGACCAAGAUAAGGCGAAGAAGACUGUUGCUCCAGCUAAAGAUGCAGCCGAUGCAGCUGAUGCCGAUGAAGCAGCAGCUGCAGUGCCAGCUGUGCCCAUUGAGACCGAUGAGUUGGCUACGCCACAGUCGCCAACCGCUGCAGAUGCCAAUGAGACGCCGGCAGCCGAUGCGGCUAGUUUUGCAGCCAGCGCCACGCCCACAUUGACGCUGAAUGAUCAGCCCAUGGAGGAUACACCAGUCGAAGAAGAUGAGACACAAGUCUCGCCCACUGCAGGCGUCGAGGAGGUCGUUAUGGCCGAAAGCGGAGUAGCCACUGGCGAUAUGGCUACCGACGACGUUGCCAAGGAUGAGCCGGCCGCCAUGGAGGUGGAUGACACCAGCCAGGAGGUAAUGGACCAAUAGGCCAUUGCUUCGAAGCGCUAACGCCAAUUCCAAGCGACUAUUAUGAAUACUUACAACUACGCCGCAUAAAUAGCAUAUAACGAGUAUGAGAUAAAAAGGAUACACACACACACACACACACACACUUAAACACACACACACACACAUCAGACCUAUCCCAAGGAUCGUGGGAUGUACAACUUCAUUAUCUAGGGUAUUACCUUUAGGCCAUAGCUGAUAUAAUAUGAUAUAUGUCUUCUACGUAUUCCAAAUUGUCCUCUCCUAAAUCGAAGGUACAUUCAGGAGCAGGUGUUAAUGAGCGAGUGUGGAAAUCCUCCAGUCGAGACCGCGAACACAUUCUCUCUGAAUUUGUAUCUAUAGUACCGUCUAGCUGUAAGUCCGUAGAUGCACACACACGCACACAGACACACACACACACGCACACACACACAUGUAUUCACAUCAUGAAUUUUAUACCUAUAAGCUCGAGCAUUAAGUUCCGAUCAGUUCCGUUGAGCGGCAUUCAGCUUGAUAUUCCAUAUGAUCAAAGCCUCUGGAGAGUUCUCAAUGUUGUUGAACGCAAAAGAAUCGUCCGCCUCAUGUCAUAUUUUGUAUUUAUGUAUCGUUGCCUAUUUAACUGAACAAUUAUAUUUUUUAUCAUCU